AUGCUGCUCCUCCUCUCAGUCCUGGGGAUCCUGCACCUGCUUUGCGCCCCAACAUUCUCUCUACGCCAGCCGAGCGACGAUUACUAUGGGGACUAUGGGCCGUAUGGAGAGUGUAGCCGUACCUGUGGCACAGGAGUGGCCAUGAGGACCCGUACCUGCAUCACUCAGAGGACGGACGGAGGACACAACUGUGUAGGACCAUCAAGAUCCUACAAAAUAUGUAACACACAGGAAUGCCCAUCGGGAUCACGGGAUUUCCGUGAGGAGCAGUGUUCCCAGUUUGACAGGAGAGAUUUCCAGGGCAAACGCUACACCUGGCUGCCCUACUACGGAGGGGCCAACCCAUGUGAGCUGGUGUGCGUGCCCAGAGGAGAGAACUUCUACUACCGUCAUCGACCUGCUGUGGUGGAUGGCACCCCGUGUCACGUCGGUCGCAGUGACAUCUGCGUGGAAGGCGUCUGCAGGACGUGGCCCUAUCACAUCAACAGCAACCAGAGAGAUCUACAGGUAAACUCUAAGCAGAGGAGUGUGUACUCAUAUGGGCAGUAUUCAGAGUGUUCCGUCUCGUGUGGCGGAGGGUACCAGACACGAACCGUUCGCUGUGUGAUGGGUAACUCAGCAGAGCCCCAUGUGGUGGAUGAUUCAUACUGCGUCUCUCACGGCCUUCAGAGACCUGCAGCCCAGCAAGCAUGUAACUAUCAUCCCUGUACCACCACUGUUUCUGCAGAGUACAGCGUCUCCAGCUACAGCGUGUGCUCAGUGACAUGUGGAGAAGGUCGGCAGACCAGAGAGGUGUUCUGCGUGGGGGCCAGAGGAGAGAGACUAGCCGAACACGCCUGCUCCGGGCUCACGAGACCUGCAGACACCCAGACCUGCCGCAGGCCUGCAUGUCAGCUCAUUCUCCAAUACUACGUUGGCGACUGGAGCCUGUGUACCCGUAGUUGUGGGUCCGGUACUCGGGAGCGGAGAGUCGCCUGUUUGGACAUGGAUCAGAACCAGUAUGAGGAAGCAAGAUGUGCAUCGCAGGUGAAACCACACACAGUGGAAAGCUGUAACACCCAGCCUUGCCCCGGAGCACAGAUGGUGCCCAGCGUCCAGGACCCUACAGGUCACGAGAGUUCUCUGCGUGGAUUUGUGCCCUUUGACCACAUGGACCACUCAGAUCGCAGGCCCCAUGUUACACACGCAACAUAUGACCCAUACACCCCCGUGAUUGGUCCACACUGCGCCCAAUCAUAUUAUGGCUGCUGCCCUGAUGGCCACACCUCUGCCACUGGCCCUCAUGGGGAGGGCUGUGUCCAGGACUGUGUCAGGACCAGGUUUGGUUGCUGUCUGGAUGGAGUAACAGCAGCCCUGGGUUUUGGAAGAGCUGGAUGUCCUGAUUACACCCUUAGAGAUCAUUCUCCUCCUCAGGUUCACUCUGCUGAUGUGUGCUCCAUGGCACGCGAUGCCGGCUCCUGCUACAACUGGACGGCUCGCUUCUAUUACGACUCUUCCUCUGGCUCCUGCAACCACUUCUGGUACGGAGGUUGCCAGGGCAACGGAAACAACUUUGCCUCCAGGGAGGAGUGCCACAGGACGUGCGGAGGAAGCCGCGGUGCAGGGGUUCCCAGGAGAGGGCCCACUGUGGUCAGACGUCAGCGACUGGGGUCGUACCGUGCGCGGGCAUAA